CAACCAAACAUGGCGAUAUCAACCGAUGGGUUUGUAUUCGUGGGUGACUGCGUCGAAGACGAAGCCCUGCAAGCUUUGCGUACAGAGGCCGAUGCAUUGUUCAACCUGAAGCGCUCUGAGGACGCCCUUACGGAGGACGAGUACCUGCAGAAGGGGUGCGCGUUGGACUUCUUUACGAACAACGAGCUCCCGGAGGACGACGAAGCGAGGACAUCGAUGGCCAAGUACAUGUCACGGAGAAACGGAAGACGCCGCCGCCGUACCCCUGGAGGCAACGAUUUACACCCUAGCGUGGAAAAAGCACCACCGCCAGGAGAUUCUCGCGGUGCUAGCAGAGAUAGCAGCGGCACCAUGUCGGGAUUGUCUACUACCUCUCCUUCAUGCGGAGGGGGUGGCUGGACAGAACGACACCUAUCGGUCGUGCGAGACACCAUAUUCGGGACGCUGGCUGCCUUGGCGUGGGACGCCCUUAAGGCGGAGCGGUCUGCUGCUGCGGAUGAAGAUGAUGCAUUGAGAAAUCCUGAUGCCUCGGGCGCUGGAGAUCGUGGAGAGCUGUUGCUGUUCAACGAACAGUACGUCGUCAAGCCGCCUCGGAGCUCGAUUGAGUUCGGCUGGCAUACGGACGAGCGGGAACAGCUGGCGAUGUGCGUGUUCGCGCCGGGUGCUGGACCCCCCGUGUACGUGAGCGUUUGGCUGGCUCUGGACGACUGCGACGCCGUUAACGGCUGCUUGGAGGUGUACCCUCAAGCUCGGAACCAGACACGCCAGCAAACUCCGAGCGAGGAGGACGAUGCCAGUGUCGUGUGUCUCCCUGCAAAGGCCGGAGACGCGGUUGUUUUCCUGUCAAAUCUCUGGCACAGAAGCGGGCCGAACCAGACCGACAACCCGAGGCGCGUCUUCUACGCGCAGUACUGCCUCGACGCCAUCCGGGCGGCGCCCUCUGACCCCCGCCCUCUAAGCCUCGCCGUGCCUUGCAUGCCUUCGCGUGGCUCGCGGUUCGGUAAGGAUGCACCCGACAUCGCGACACGGCUCUGCGCAGAUGACCGACCGCCCGGCCCUGGCGACGAGGGAGACAGUGCCGAAAGAAGCUCUAGGAACGACGACGCGUCUGUCGAAGUGGUGCAAUCAUCCGGCGAUCUUGAACCAGAGGCCCCUACUAGGUCUUGUGGUGGUAAAGUAGAUCAUGGUUGUAGAGAUGGGGGACGUCAAAGCGCCGAGGGUGCUGUCGUCAUCGCGCCGCCCCGAAUGGAGGAAGACGUAAAGAGCCCUGUGAUGACCGCGAAAGGGGAGGUUUCACGCCUGUCCCGUGGUGUGGCGGCCUCUCUAGAGGUGCUGCUGCGGCGGCGGCCUGGCGAGGCGGAGGGGAAUCCGGGAGGAGGGUUGGGAGCGGGCGGAAGCGCCAAGAAGAGAAGUCGACGGGACAGGGAAGAUUAGUCUAGGCCGCCCCCAGUGACUUGAAUGACUCUUGCUGCAAGGCCGUCGAGAUUGGAGGCGGUAGACUCGUCGGCAGCUGGAGAGCCAGCAGAUUGAUGCGAGGCCGCGCGUGAGAGCCCCCCCUUGAGCAAUGGCUUCUGUCUGCGUUUGAGCGUGGGUGAUUAUAUCUCGUUGUAUGUGGAACGGCAGCUUGUUUGACCCGGGUCCUGCAGCAAUGAAUGGGU